GAGUGCGCGCGUAGAGUGCCACUGGUCUUGUUGGGUCUGCCGUCUGUGUUCGCUGUGGCCGUUCGUCGCAUUCAACUGGCGUCCGGCUUCACCGACGCUUAUAUGAUUUAUUUUAUUGUUUCACGCCCUAUUUUUAAUUCUGUCUUAAAUUUUAAAGUGAAGAUUUCCGAGUAUAAAAUAUUUUUCUGUUUCGACCGGCACACUGUUGAUGGGAACAACGACUUACGGCGAUAAACGCAAACGCGUGUCGAGUGUUGUUUGGACCCUAAUCUACCUAUAGACCAUUGAUCUCUUUUAACAAGCUGACAACAUGACUAUCGACGACCUCCUGCUUAAGGUUGGAAAUUUUGGGACAUAUCAGAAACGAAUCUAUUUUUUUUUGUGCCUACCAGCCAUUUCAUGUGCUCUGCACAAACUGUCUGGCGUGUUCUUACUGGCCAGACCCAACCACAGAUGUCAAUUGCCCGACGAAUUACCCAAUGCGACCUACACACUGCCAUCGGAAAUCAUGGAUCGUUCCUACCCGCAUGAUGUUAAAACCGACACAUGGUCUUCGUGUAAAUUGUUCGUCCCCAAUGUCACGGACGUUUAUAAUAAUGGUCAUGACCGAUCAAAUGCCAGUCAAUAUUGUAACAGAUGGAUAUACGAUAGAGAUACGUUUAAAAAUUCGGCAGUGAUGGAGUUUGAUUUGGUGUGCGAUAAAGCUUUUUAUAAAAGUACCUCAGACUCUUUGUUAAUGGUCGGUGUCAUGCUGGGAUCAAUUAUAUUCGGCUACUUAUCAGAUAAGAUUGGAAGAAAACAUAUUUUUACCAUAUCUAUUUGGCUGCAGGGAAUCACUGGCUUUGGUUUGGCAUUUGCUCCAAACUAUUGGACAUUCGCUCUUCUUAGAGUGUUCCUAGGAGCAUCAACGUCAGGAAUGUACUUGGCCGCUUAUGUUAUAGGUCUAGAAUUUGUCGGUCCCAGCAAACGAAUGUUUGUCGGAGUCGUUAUGCAAAUGUUUUUUUCCACUGGAUUUAUGUUAGAAUCCGCAUUUGCAUAUUUUUUCACCGACUGGAGAUACUUUCAAAUAGCCAUUACUGUGCCAACUUUAUUUUACACGUCAUACAUAUUCUUCAUACCUGAAUCGGUUCGAUGGUUGAUCGCCAACGGAAAACAGGAAAGAGCCGUUAAAAUAAUGACAAAAUUAGCACGCGUAAACGGCGUUGACAUAUCGAGCACAGACUUGGCCAAUGUUAUGAAUACCGAUGUCGAGGGGAAUAAAACAACGGGACAAUCCGAAGAAAAAUCAAAGGCUUCGUUUUUUGAUUUAUUCAAAUAUCCAGUAAUUAGAAACCGUUCAUGCAUUAUUAUGCUUUUGUGGUUCGUUAAUAGUUCUGCGUACUAUGGUUUGUCGUGGAGUACUUCUAAUCUUGGAGGAAAUCAGUUGUUGGUAUUUUCUCUGAUGGGAUUAGUCGAGUUCCCUGCCUACACGUUCCUGCUGUUGACGCUCAAUCGUUGGGGCAGGAAGAUAAACAUAUCUGGAUUUUUAAUUUUAGCAGGAAUAUCCCUUCUAGCAACUCUUGCCGUCCCAAAGUCUAACUCGUGGCUGCUGAUAUUCUGUGCCAUGCUGGCUAAAUUAGCCAUAACUGCGUCGUAUGGUGCUGUUUACGUUUAUACCGCAGAACAGUUUCCCACAGUAGUACGGAAUAUGGGCUUGGGGGUCGGCUCAUUUUUCGCUAGAAUUGGUGGAAUCGUCGCCCCUUACAUUAACCACACGUCUGAAAUUUGGGUAAACACGCCAUUAGUUGUGUAUGGUAGUUUGGCUCUGUUAGUAGGAGCUUGGUCGCUUGUACUGCCCGAAACGUUGAACAAGAAACUUCCGGAUACAAUCGAAGAUCUCAUUUUUAUGUCAGACAAGAAAUAUCAACCGGUGUGCCUUAAAGAACCAGUACUGACAAACGACAAAGAAAAAAAAGACAACGAUACAAAUUAGUAUUAUGUAUAAAACAUAUGUUAAAAAAAUUAUAAAAAAAUUCUUUGAUUUUUUAUGAAUUAUGAUUAUAAUUCUGUCAUUAUGAAACCAUUUGUAUUGUACACUUAUUUAAAAAAGUGUAAGAUUUAAAACUGUAACUAUUUUGUAUUAUUGUAUUUUACAGAUAAAAAAAGUAAUUUUCAUAA